AUGUUGGCCACCGCGAAGCUGUUAAUAUUGGUGGUACCAGUAUUAAUCUUUCUUAUAUUCGCCGAAAUUUAUGACUUUGGCUUGGAUUCGUCGUUGAGACCAAUAGAGCAACCAAACGAACUUCGCGGCAAUUUUUUACAUAUUACCGACUUCCAUCCGGAUCCUCAUUAUGUGGCGAAUUCCCUGGUGAAAACAAGAUGUCAUGGAAAUGUCUCGUCAGCCAAGAAACCCGCUCACAUGACCAAAGGUAUUUCUGGAAGCUGGGGAGCUUCGGCGACCAUAUGUGAUUCUCCGAUGGGUUUAAUAAAUGCAACGUUUGAGUGGUUGGAAAACAAUUGGAAAGAUAAACUCGAUUUCAUAAUUUGGACUGGCGAUAAUUCCAGACACGAUAAUGAUGAAAACAUGCCACGGACACCACAAGAAUUGUUUGGGCUUAACCGGAUGAUAACCUCAAAAUUUCUCCAAACCUUCUCUAGUAUUCGACAACCGCGUAGGAAACCGGUCCCACAUUUCAUACCAAUAGUCCCAUCCAUAGGUAAUCACGAUAUUUAUCCUAAUAACAUCCUUCUUCCCGGACCAAACGAUAUAUUAUCAACUCUUUAUGAUAUUUGGGCACCCUUCAUCCCUCGCAAUCAACGUCACACCUUCCUUCACGGUGGUUAUUACUAUACAGAAGUGAUACCAAAAAAAUUACUAGUUGUCUCCUUGAACACCAUGUACUUUUAUAAUUCCAACACUGCAGUAAACGGAUGUAAAGAACCGGGACAACCAGGAACCAAGGAAUUGAAAUGGUUGAAUGGAGUCCUAAAGAAGGCAAGGAAAGAUGGAAUGAAGGUUUAUUUGACUGGUCAUGUCGCCCCGAGACAUAAACAAUAUACGAAAUCUUGUUAUAAGAAAUAUGGAAAGCUAGCUCUCAAAUAUCAUGAAGUCAUAUUAGGCCAUUACUACGGACAUUCGAACAUGGAUCAUUUCUUCUUUAUUGGUGCAAAUGUCAUCGAUAAAAAUCGCAAUAAUACUAACGACGAAAUCAUAUUGGCCAAGGACGACGAGGAUUAUGAUUCGUAUGAUGAUGUCUAUGAGGACGAAUCGCCAUCCAAAGAGGAUAGUUACAAUGAUGAACCCUCUGUGAAUAUCUCUUCCGAAUCUGAAAUUGACAAAUAUUUAGAUAAGCUUCUUAACCACUAUCAAUCUGUUCCGCCAAUCUCCGAAGUCGUUGCCGAAGAUUAUGCUGUAGUUCACAUAAACCCAUCCAUAAUUCCGGUAUUUUAUCCGGCAUUAAGAAUUAUCAAGUAUAAUACUACUGAAACUUCAAAAAGGAAAAAAAAACCUAAGAACCACGAUCCGAAUUCACCUUCCCACUCCAACACAUUCUUGACACCAUUAGGAUAUACACAAUAUUUCAUCAAUCUCACGGAGGCUAACAGAUAUCCGAACAAAACGCCUGUCUUUGAGGUAGAAUAUACGACGUGGAAUGAUUAUAGGAUGAAGGAUCUGACAGUAAAAAGUUGGAUAAAGUUGGCGCGAGAUUUGGCUGAUCACGGAUUGAAAGGUUCAUUGUGGAAGAAAUACAGGGAUCAUUUGAUGGUUGGGACGAGGUCACUGGUGAAAGAGAGAAAUAAAAAACUCGUUCAAAAUUGUAUAUACUCUAAAUGUAGCGCUAAGGGACCCGGUGAUUAUUUGAUUACUGAACUUGACUUUUAA